AUUCCGUUGUACUACUUCUCUCAGCCAAUAGAAAGCAGUCAUUGCCCCUCUAGCGCGUUCAGGUUUGUUGCUGCUAACAACACGUUCAUCAUGUCAGAGUUUGUGGAUUUUAUGAUUUUCUCCUGAGUUUUGAGUCCCGUCACGAUGAGUAGUGUCUGCAGAGAGGUCAUCACUCUGCAGCUGGGACAUUAUUCCAACUUCGUGGGGACCCACUGGUGGAAUUUACAGGAUGCGGGUUUAUGCUACGAUCCCGAGUCGCCUCCAGGUGAGAUCCAGAGUGAUGUCAUGUUUCGUGAAGGCCAGACUCUGGGCGGACACGUCACCUACACGCCACGACUCAUCGCCAUGGACCUGAAAGGAAGUCUUCGUACUCUACGACAGGAAGGGAGUCUGUACGAUGCAGGAAAAGACACCUCAGCCAUCAGCUGGGAGGGAAGCCUCGUGAUGCACAGGGAGAGUCCUCCAGCCAAGAACUCCUUCCUGGAAGAUCUGGACAAGCUCGACACGGGGGAGAUACUUGCAGAAGCAGAUUUUUCUUCCGAGUCGCAGCCUCACCACGCAGCAGGUGCAGUGAGCGUGGACACGGUGAACAGCCACCUGGCUCGGGUCCAGAAGGGCUACAAGCUGGAGGGGAGUGUGAAGGUGUGGUCCGACUUCCUGAGGAUCCACCUGCACCCCCGCACCAUCUCCGUCAUCCACCAGUACAACCAUGACGGGGAGGCGCACCGUCUGGAGGCCUUUGGACAGGGAGAGUCUCUCCUGCAGGGGGCGCUGCUGGAGGAGCUGGAGGACAAGCUUCACUUCUAUGUGGAGGAGUGCGAUUAUCUUCAGGGUUUCCAGGUCCUCUGCGACCUGGCUGAUGGAUUCUCUGGUCUAGGUUCGAAGCUCACAGAGAUGCUGCAGGACUCGUAUGGGGGGCGGGGCCUCCUGACCUGGGGUCUGGCCCCCGUCAGCCAUCCUGAUUCGACUCCGGUCAAGGACCUGUACCACCUCCUGAACUGGACUCUGGGGACGGUCCACAUGGCUGCCAACAGUUCUCUCUUCUGCCCGCUGACCCUGCGUGGAGGACUGGGCCGGCGGCCCGGUUCCCCUCCGGCGUUCAGACACCUGUCCUACGAUCCCUCGCUGUGGUACCACUCCAGCUCGGUCCUGGCUCUGGCCCUGGAUGCCGUCACGGUGCCGUACCGGCUGAGGACCAACGGCGUCCCCAUGUGGCAGGUGGCGGACACACUGGCCGUGUCGGGCAGGAAGGUCGUGGCCACUUAUGGUGCCGUCCCGUUUCCCAUGAUGCACGGUACCUCUCUGCCUGAAGCCCUGAGUGCCUGCGCUGAUGCGUUGCCAUGGAAACCUCUGUCGGCCUGCCGUGAAUCGGGCGGCGGCCGGUGCUACGGACAGUGGGCCACGCUGAAGGGCUUCGAAGGGCAGAAACUCAUCAGCCGUCUGUCUCCGGGGAUCAAACCACCGACUCCUUUGCAUGGGCUCCACAGCGGCGAGGACGUCCUGGCCACCUACAUCAGAUCCUUCUACCAGUCAUCUCCUCUGGCUGUCCAGCUGGUGUCCAGUCCCUGUAAGGUGACCCCGCCCUUCCCUCAGAUCUUCCACCCCUCUCUCGGCCCUCGGGGCUUCCUGCAGAGCCCACUGCCACCGCCCGGCUCUCCGGCCCCGCCCGUCUCCUCUGUUCCCAUCAUGACGUCUCUCCAGUCAGGGCCUGCCAUCGACCCCUGGCUCUCUGAGCUGCACCGUGCUGCCACCGCCUUCGACAUUCGUCGCGUGGCCCCCAGCUUCCUCUCUCAGGGGCCCGAGAUGGCCGACUACGAGGAGGCCCUGGAGCAACUGCAUCUGCUGGCCCGACGUUACCGUGACGACAGUGGCGGUGUAAUGCACUCCUCCUCAGAAGAGGAUGAUGAUGAUGAUGAGUGAGAGUCACUGUGCUUUCUGGAAGAAGAAAGUCUCAGAGGACGGAGACAAGGGGACGAGUCCAGGAGGUCCAGGCCCUCCUCGGGUUUUAUUUGGUUUCAGUUCAGUGAAGCUAACAUCCUUUUAGCUUAUUAGCUUUUAGCACAUGUUUGACUUCAUCUGUGAGCUCCUUAGCAGACAUGAUCUGCUGAGAAGCUCCAGGACUUCUCACAGAUCUGGUUUCUGUUUGAGGGACCUCAGACUCAGACUCAGAACUCAGACCUCAUAGCAGAAGCUUCCUCUGCAGGACUAGUCAAGCCAGAACCAACGAGCUCACAGGAACGGAGCCCCGGUGAUGUCCUGGUUUUAUCUUACAUCACUUCAGGAUUCACCCGAGGAGGGAAUAAGAGAAAACUCCUGGAUAGGAAGAUGCUCCUCCUCAACGCUCAGAGAAACCCUGAAUAAAACAGAUUUCUGGAUGUUUGGAGGAUCUAAUUCAGGGACUUCACCGUUCUGGUCCCCGAUGGAUUCCUGCUGCUCAGCUGCUUGUCAAGUUCUGCUUUACGGAGAGAAAAUCCAAUAUGUCAGCGUACAUGAGUAAAACACGAUUCAUAACCA